AUGGUUCGUCCGCCACUAAGGUGCCCGCAGCUGCGAACGCGCUCAGGGAAAUGCAAGGCCCAUCGCAAGGACGUGCAGCAGCCUCCCUUGGUCGAUGCCGCCCCCGCCGAAACAGCACGUCGCUCGGUCACUACGCAGGUCGCCGCCACAACGCCCAGUGCCCCACCUACCGCGCCUCUGGUCGCCGCCCGUCCUCCUGCAGACCCAAAGUCUGCAUUGCUUCGUGCUCGGUUAGGCGCACGUAGUGCGGCAGCGCCAACACGGACUCAGCCGGAAGCCGGCUCAAGCACGACGCCGACGUCGGUGAACGUGGCGGCGGAGAAGGGCGUGAGGGCAGCGCUAGCCACCGGCGGCGGAGCCGUUGACCCUGCACAUGCGUCGAAAGGCCACAACGACGCCGACAUCGCUGCCAUCCAGAACCUGUUGGAAGUGGUAAAAUGCCCCGGGCACCCCCCUGCUCUGGCCAUCUCAGACACGGCGCAUGUGGAGCCCUCGGCGAGUCCCCCUGGUGGUUCAGCGGAGCCAAAGACGAUCACUGAUGCUGUCGGCGAGGGAGAGUCGAAAUGGAAGGGGAAGGCCGACACAAGGAGAGGGAGGGCGAGCUCUCAGAGGAAAACACGGGCGAUGUCGGCCGAGACAGGGAGGGAGAAGGCAAAGGAGAAGUCAGUGGAGAAAGAGAAGGAGAAGGCGGAGGAGAAGGAGAAGAAGAAGGAGAAGGAGAAGGAGAAGGAGAAGGCGGCGGAGAAGGAGAAGGAGAAGGAGAAGGAGAAGGAGAAGGAGAAGGAGAAGGAGGAGAAGGAGAAGGAGAAGGAGAAGGAGAAGGAGAAGGAGAAGGAGAAGGAGGAGAAGGAGAAGAAGGAGAAGGAGAAGGAGAAGGAGGAGAAGGAGAAGGAGAAGGAGAAGGAGAAGGAGAAGGAGAAGGAGGAGGAGGAGAAGGAGAAGGAGAAGGAGAAAGGACGGAAGGGUCAUGGCAUCCGCCACGACAACUCGGGCGACGGUCUUGGGUGGGUGGGCGAGAUUAAGGUGCUCGGCGCUAAUCGAUACAUCGGCAAGUCGCGCGAGAAGAUGGAGCUGGCGUACCUGCACUCGAUUGCGUACAUCGUCUACGACGGCUACGCCAGCAAGGUCCUCAUGGCCGAGCUCACCGGCUUGGAGGAAACCGAGUUGGAGAAGUGGAGGAAGGUGUGGGAGGAGGUCAAGAUUUUGCCGACAGGGAUGUGGACGGUGAUAUGGACACGGGGCGCGUACCUUCCAAAAACAUGGUUCGAUGACAUUCUCGGCAAGUAUCGAGCGUACAAGAGCUCAGGCGAUGCGAACCACGACGCGCUCUUGCCGGCGAUCUGGUUCCCCGUCGAUGCCGUCACAAAGGAAGGCAAGGAGAAUUUGGAUGCUAUGAUGUCGGCCAUGAUAGGUCGCGUGUCCAUGUGCGCUGCGUAUGGGAAGGUCGUUGCGAGCGCGGCGACGAAGGAGGGAGACACUGAUGAGAAGACGGCGAUGGCGGCACAGGCAUUAUCGGCCUCCGCUUGCGCCAUGUGGUGCUUAGUCGAGAACGCAGACGCCCAGGUGGUCGAUGUUGUGGGCGAAGGGAAGGCGGCGGCGAUGGUGGUCGGUGCGAGCGAGAAGACCGCCGGUGUCUUCAAGGAGGUCAUGCAGGUGGUGCUGGAGGCCGAGAUCAACAGGGAGCAACCCCUCGGGUAG